AUGCACUCGAUAUCAUUAAUUGUUCUGUUGCUGCUCGUUUUCUCAUGUGCACUAUUUGUGGUCACUGUUGAAGCAGCAUUUGAUGAAGCUUAUUACUAUCGAUGUGUUGCAGGUUGCCGACGCAUGCCACUGCCACAAGCAAGAGCGAUUUGUUAUGCUGCUUGCAUGGCCAAAGCAACUGGGAAUGAAAUCAUGAAUACACGAAUCGUGUCGAAUAAUAUUAAACUUCGCCUUCAUUAUUGGAAUAUUCGAGGACGUGUUCAAGCGGUGCGUUACAUGCUUGAAGAUAUCGCACACAAACAUGAAAAUGUUGACUAUAAGGAAACUUUUGAACCCAUCAAUACAAUGAUGAAUACAUGGGCGAAAAGAAAAAGUGAUCAAACAGUGUCGGGUCCAUUUCGAACUCUACCAGUUCUUCAUUGGAAUGAUUCACAUACGUUCAGCCAGUCAUUAACAAUUGGACAAUUAUUAGCAAAAAAGUUUGAUUUAUAUGGUCAAUUAACAUCCAAAGUCAACGAUCAACAAUUUCUCGAAACUUACAUCAAUGGUGUUGUUUCAUGUGCAUACACAGAUAUCAUAUCCAAUCUGAUCACAUGUAUAUGGAGUAUGGUCAAUUUUGUCGAUGAGACAAAUCCAUCGAAUCGAUUAACUCGAAAGAUUCCGAAUGAUCUCAAAGCUUUGAAUGAUUUGCUUGAGAAAAGCUCUACAUCCUUUUAUUACGAUCAACAUCAACCAACGAUCGCUGAUUAUUUCGUAUUUGAAGCGUUUACCAUGGCGCGCGACUAUUCGAAGAGAUUCUUACCCAAUGAAGAGAACUAUCAAUCGUUAAUCAAACUUGAACAUGUGAUGAAACAACGACCGGCAAUAGCCAAUUAUUUCAAGCAAAAUUUAUUAUCGAAACGAUUCACGGGUUCACCAAAAGAAACCGAAUACCUGAUAAAUCUUACAACGCCACUGAACUGA